AAUGGCACUGAAAAUAUUGGCAGAAAAAAAAAAGAGGCAGUGGGCGGAGCUUAAAUAGUCGAGCUCGAAGACACUUGUCGCCUCCACCGCCUCCCUUUACCGGAGACGAAGAAGAAGGAAACGACACCCCAUCACUCUCUCUCUCUGUCUCACACCCCAUCACUCGCUCUCUCUCUCUCUCCUGCAGUUUCUAUUUUUAGCCAUCAAAAAUCUCUCUCUCCUGCAGUUUCUACUUUUAGCCAUCAAAAAAGAAAAUAUAUAAGAUAAACAUUUAGGCAGUUUUGGUUCAGCAGUUUUCAAACAAUGGGAUCCUAUGAUCUGAACUUCAAAAGCUUCGUCAAGACGCCGCAGCCAGAAGGGAAUGGCCUAAAACCACUGGGAAGUUUUAGUUUUCCAUUGACUCGACAAUCUUCCAUAUACUCCUUGACCCUUGAUGAGUUCCAAAACAGUUUGGGAAAGGAUUUUGGGUCGAUGAACAUGGACGAGCUGUUAAAGAGCAUUUGGACAGCUGAAGAGACUCAAGCCAUGGCUUCUGUUUGUGGGUUAGGACAAGAGGGUGCCCCUAGUGAAAAUUUCAAUUUGCAGAGACAAGGCUCCAUCACAUUACCUCGGACACUCAGUCAGAAAACUGUAGAUGAAGUCUGGAAAGACUUGCUUAAAGAAAGUGGUAUUGAUGGUGCAAAAAAUGGGAGUGGCAUUAGUGGAUCCCAUUUGCAGCAGAGGGAGCCUACUUUGGGUGAGAUGACUUUGGAGGAGUUCUUGUCUAGAGCAGGAGUUGUAAGAGAAGAUGCGCAGCCAAUCGCGACGCCUAAUAAUGGUGCAUUUUUCGGUGAAAUAUCACAACCGAAUAAUCAAAACCACGGUAUGAUUCUUGGGUACCAGCAACCAGAGCAGAACAAUGUGGUAAUGGGUAAUCAGAUUAGAGAGACGAAAAACUCGAUGCCUCCAAUUUUCCCCAAGCAAGCUGCGGUGACUUUCACCUCUUCUAAUUUUCCCCAAUCGAACAACGCUUAUUUGGCUAACUCAGGAGCGAGGGAUCCUAUUGGUAGAACGGGGGAUGCUUCUAGAAACAACGGUUUAGUUCAAAGUAGUGUGAUACAGAGUGAAUCUCCCGGGAGCCAGUUAUCUUCGGAUGGGAAUGGGAAGAGUACUGUAGAUACAUCGUCGGUUUCACCAUCUCCGUAUGUGUUUAGUGCGGGUGCAAGGGGAAGGAGAAGUGGCGGGACUUUGGAGAAGGCAAUGGAGAGAAGGCAUCGGAGGAUGAUUAAGAAUAGAGAGUCUGCUGCACGGUCAAGAGCUCGGAAGCAGGCUUAUACCUUAGAAUUGGAGGAAGAAGUUGCAAAACUUAAAGAAAUUAAUCAAGAGUUGCAGAGAAAACAGGAAGAAAUCAUGAAGAUGCAGAAAAAUCAGGUCUUGGAGACGAUGAAUAUGCCAUGGGGAAGCAAAAGGCGAUGCUUGAGGAGGACACUGACCGGCCCCUGGUAGAGUAGAUGGAAUGGAGGCAACUUUGGAGGGCAUCCUUGAAAUAGCAGAACAAAGCUAUAUAAAGGGCUUCACACAAAUUUCUGUUGCGGAUUGGAUUUGGCCCUUCCUCGGAGAAAAGGAAACCACCAGUGUCCGGGAAUGAUAAUGAGAUGUGUAUACAAAAGCCAAAUGUGUGUACGUUGUAAAAAAAGGAAGUGGUAUUUGUUGGCAUUCUAGAUUAUGCUUACCCAGAUGUGUGAUCUGUGUUUGCUGAAGUCUAGUGAGACAAUAUUCUGAUCUGCCAUGUUCACUUCUGAACUACUUGGAACUAUGAUCACUAUAAGCAUCAGGUUAUGUUAUUGUCAUUGAAAUCUUUGUUGAUUCUGUAAAAACUAAUUGCAAUGGAACUUAUAAAUGUCGUAUUCCCACA